GUGUGUGCUGUGUCUACGGAAACGCUAUCAGUUGACAAUAAAGAUGGGUUUAGGAGGCAAGGAAGAAACAGAGUACACAUUUCAGCUACCGGAACGAGAGAAACAGAUCGCUUUAGAAGAACUCAGGGAAGAUGAUAAUAUUAGGCAACAAUCAUUAGAUCAAAUGAGAGAAUGGAUAGCCAAGCAUCCUCAUAUUAAAAAGUGUAGAACAGACGCCCCGUUCCUGUUGCGCUUCCUGCGCACCAAGAAAUUCAGCGUGCCGCUGUCCUGCGAGAUGCUCGAACGGUACCUGUCCAUCCGGCGGCUGUACCCGCAGUGGUUCCAGCGGCUGGACUGCGAGGAUCCGCACCUGCAGGAGAUCAUCGACGCCGGCUACCUGGUGCCCCUUCUGGAGCGCGACAACGGGCGCAUGGUGCUCUUCAGCUGCGCCGCGAACUUCGAUCCGCACAAGUUCACGUCCGCCCACAUGAUCCGGGUGCACAGCUUGGUCACCGAGAGCCUCAUGGACGACGAGAUGAACCAGAUCAACGGGUACACGUACAUCAACGACGAGGCCGGGUUCACCAUGGCGCACAUCUCGAUGUGGGGCCUCAGGGAUCUCAGGAACAUCGUUAGGUGCAUCCAGAAUACCACUCCAAUGAGGCACAAGGGCAACCAUUUCCUCAACAUGAACUCGAGCGCCGCGAAGCUCUUCGAGUAUUCUUCGCCGCUUCUCAACGAGAAGCUCAGAAACAGGCUGCACGUGUACAAAAACAUCGAUGAGGUGUACGAGCACAUCGACAAGAAGAUUUUGCCGAAGGAGUACGGCGGGGAAGUGCCGUUGAAGGACAUGCUGGACAGAUUCAAGAGGAUGCUGAAGGAGAAGCGGGAGUCGAUUUUGGCUUUGGACGAAAUGAGUAUAGAAAUAGAUGAGAGGAACUGCCCGUUGGUGUCGGAGAUGAACGAGGAGCUGGGUAGCGGCAUCGACGGUUCCUUCAAGAGGCUCGCUGUGGAUUGAUUUCGAUGUUUUUCGACUGGAAUUUCGACGGAAAGGAUUCGGUUUAAGGAGU